AUGAUUGCUAUCCAGCCUCCAGGAUCUUGGGCUGCUUGCAGAACUGUUAGACAGGUAUCGGAGCUUUCUAAGGCUGAGCGGAAAGCACUCAAGGAAGCAUCUGGAUCCACAGAAGCUUUGGCAAAAUCAGGAUACGAAGGCGAAGACCAUGCUAUACCAAGAGGUAGACUUUAUGUGCAUGCAGAAUUCCCACUGCUGUCGCGAUACAAAGGCGAAUGGCCCGUGGAGUAUAUCUUACACAAUUCUCUGAUUCAAUCGUGUUCUGUUCUGAGAACACAAGCGCGAACCUUGGGAAAGCUCAGCAAGCAAGCAAGGGAAGUCUCAACAAGGCGAAAAUCGAUUUGGCAGCUGGCUCAUGUGCUGAAUGAGAAGGAGCCGUCUGUUAGCAACGGUCCCGAGUCUAAGGACGAGAUUGCUCCACCGCAUGACCAGGCACUGUUGAUCUGCGCAGAGCACACUUCUGAAAUAUCGGACAGCCAUCCGAUGGCAUCAGGGAUGACGGAAGACCAAACCCCACGAUGUGAAGGCAGCGUGGGCUUCUCCAAUGGUGAGCCUCGCACCAUUGGCCAUAGCAGGCCCACAAAAGAGAACUCAAUAGAUGUCGACAGAAAUGACACUACUAUGCAAGCUCUUGGAGGCGAAGACAAAUUGAUGCAUCCGCUGGAAGAGAAGCUUGAUGUGGAAGAGGAUGUCAAAAUGGAGGACACUUCUAGAUCGCAGCCAUCUAUUAAUAACAGCAGUGUGUCUCGUACAGCUGACUCUGCUAAUCCAAAUCCCACUGGACCUCCCGUGCACGGAACUGACCAGCCUUUCGUCCAAAACUUCCUUUACGACAUCUUCCCGCCUCUGUCCACACCUGAAAUCGUGUGUCAGUUCGUCCACACUGGCAUUGUGGAACAUGAGGACCUGAUCGUGUGCUCACAGCUUUCAGAGGAGGAGAUAAUGGAGAUGCUCCGCAUCGAAGUGGGGCUGAAUGCCCUUUGCUUGAGGAUUGUGGCGUUAGCGUUGAAAGGUGUGAGAUGA